AUGUUUUCCCGAGGGCAAAAUUCCCAGUCGGCUGCAGCCGCUGCAGCCUUCGAUGAGAUCCUGACCCUGGCGCGGGACAACGAUGCUGCAGGGAUCUUGCGGCUCUUAGAGAUGGGGGCGCCUGUGGGCUAUGCCAACAGGGUGGGGCAGACGGCACUUCACAUUGCCACCAUGUGGGGCAGUAUCGAGGCGGCUAAGGUGCUUCUGGUGGCGAAGGCAGAUCCCAAUGCAGCCAACCGGCUAAGGGGCUCCACGCCACUGCAUGCCGCUGCGCUGGGUAGGGGCCCGGUGGAUCGCCGUGUGGAGUGCGUGAAGCUGAUCUUAAAGGACAAAGGGGACCCCAAUAAAGCAGACCUUGGCGGCGAUCGUCCACUGGACCUUUGUAGCGAUGAGGCGGUCCGAGUUGCGCUUGGCGCGCUGCCGCUAAUUCUGCACAAGGCCGUGGCUGAGCGGAAGCUUGAACAUGUGAAGGAGGCGAUCGCGCAGAUCAAAAAUGGGGUGGUGGAGCUUGACCUGGAUGCUACAAACUCCAAUGGCGAGUCGGCCCUCCACCAUGCGUGCGCGUGGCCUGAAGGCUUGCAAGCCUUGCUGGACGCUAGGUGCGCUGUGAAUGUGGAGAACCAUGCGCGGCGCAGCCCGCUGCACUUGGCCACCCUCACUGGGGACCUGAGGACAGUUCGGCUGCUUCUGGCUGCUCAGGCAGAUGUUCAUGUGAAGGAUGUCGACCUGGACCGUGAUCCCCGCUACAAUGUGAGCAGCCAGGAGGAGACGCCCGACCAACACCGCACGGCACUUCAUUAUGCAGCGUUGCAGAGCAACUUCAUUCUAGCGAAGCUUUUGGUCGAGGCGCGGGCAGCCAUCAAUGUGGGCGACGGCAAGCAGAUGACUCCGCUCCAUCUUUGUGUUCAGGCCCUCGAGGAGCAUGAUUUGGAGGUGGCUUCAGGCGUACGUGUGGAGGGACUGCAGAGCAGGCCUGAGUGGAAUGGCUGCUAUGGCAGUAUCAUCGGGCCUUCGGCCACGGGCAGCGAGUACCGGGUGGAGCGCUGGCCUGUUCUGAUAGACGGAAAGGAGGAAGGUGUGAUGCUGAAGGGCGAAAAUCUGUCAACUGUGCAUCUUGACACCAUUGACUUGCUCUUGAAGGCAAGGGCGGAUGUCAACCUGGGAAACCUGCACUGGGGAGAGGGCCGAACCUUACUGCAUGAGGUGGCUCACCGGGGGAACCUGAGCCUCACGCAGAAAGUGCUGGCCGCCAAGGCUGACCUGCAGCGGCAGGACAAGCAGGGCUUCAGCGCUCUGCACUUGGCGGCGAGACAGAGACGCUCGGAGGUCCUCAGACUGCUGGUGGAAUCCAAAGCAGAUCUCACACUACAGUCGGCUGCGGGGAUUUGCGCCACAAAGCAUGUGAGCGCUCAUGUGACGUUCGCACUCAUCCGAUAG